GUCAUAAAAAAUAUAUAGUUGCAUGCAUUCUUCCUUCUUACCCUGCUCAACAAGAAAUUCAAGAAGAUGAAACAGACUUUUGCACAUUUUCUCUUUGCAAUAACAGCAGUACUUGUUGUUCGUGCGCAAGAUCAAUCAGGUUUCAUUAGCAUAGACUGUGGAUCUGUGAACACAAGCUACAUCGAUGCAGUGACGAGUGUAAGGUACAUUUCGGACGACGGCUUUGUUGAAGGCGGUGUUAGCAGGCGUGUGGCAGCCAAGUAUCAAGAUCAAAGUCUUCAACAACCACUUUGGAAUCUCAGAACAUUUCCUCAAGGAACCAGAAAUUGCUACAAAGUAGGAAUUAAAAAGGGUAACCGGUAUUUGAUCAGAGCAAUUUUCUUUUAUGGAGAUUAUGACGAAAAAGGUGAAGUACCAGAGUUUGAUUUAUAUCUUGGACCUAACUUAUGGGAAACAGUUCAGUUUGGUAAUGAGUCAACAAUUCUCUUUAAGGAGAUAAUACACUUUACAUCAUCAAAUUUUAUACAAAUAUGUUUAUUGAAUACUGGUUCCGGAACACCACUGAUAUCAGCUCUAGAGCUCAGGAAACUGGUAAAUAACACCUAUAAAACUCAGUCUGGGUCAUUGCAAAUCUUUGUAAGACUAAAUACAGCUCCCAAGACAGAUCAAAUAAUCAGAUUUCCAGACGAUGUUUUAGAUCGGAGGUGGGUGCCCUUUCAUUAUGAAAAGUGGACAGGGAUAAAUACAUCACUGGCAGUUGAUUCACAAGGCAACCUCAAUUACAAGCCACCGCCUAUUGUCAUGAGCACUGCAGCCACACCCGCCAAUUCAAAUGAGUCUCUGGAUAUUUUUCUCGACAUUGGUGAUCCCGCAGCUAAGUUUUAUGUGUUCAUGCACUUUGCUGAGCUUCAAGAACUACAGGCAAACCAGUUCAGGCAAUUCAACAUUUCAUGGAAUGGAGAGUUUUGGUUCGGGCCUGUUGUUCCUUCUUACUUAAUGACAACCACAGUGUUUAGUCCUUCAAAUUUAAAUGGAGGAAAACAUAAUUUCUCAAUCUACAAAACACAAAAUUCUACACUUUCUCCAAUCAUCAAUGCCCUUGAAUUGUAUAUGGUAAAAGAAUUCUCACAGUCAGAAACCGAGCAGGAUGAUGCUGAUGCGAUCAUGAACAUUAAAUCCUUGUAUGGAUUCAAGAGAAAUUGGCAAGGAGAUCCAUGUGCCCCUCAAGCAUAUUCAUGGGACGGUCUUAAUUGCAGCUACAAUAACAGUGAUCCACCCAGAAUCAUAUCCUUAAACUUGGCGUCUUGCGGAUUGACAGGAGAUAUACCGGCCUACUUAUCCAAUCUCAAUAUGCUAGAAGAACUGGACUUAUCAAACAAUAGUUUGAGUGGAUCUGUGCCUGACUUCUUUUCAAAAUUGCCAUCCUUGAGGGUCCUGAACUUAAGCAUGAACAUGCUGACUGGUUCGAUUCCAGAAGAACUCAUCAGAAAAGUAGAGGAUGGUUCGCUGUCUUUAAGUGUGAAUGAAAAUCCGAAUCUAUGUUCAUCAGCUUCGUGCAAGAAGAAGAGGAGCUUGGUUAUUCCAUUGGCAGCAUCAUUUGCUACAUUAUUUGUUCUCAUAACUGCAUUGGCCAUCUUCUGGCCCCUUAAAAGAAUGAUGAAUGGUAGGAAACUUGAUUGUCACAAAAACAACAAAACAGAUCUCUCCUUGGAGUCAAAGAACCUGAAAUUCACAUAUAAUGAGAUUGUGAGGAUCACUGAUAACUUUGAAACUGUUCUUGGUGAGGGAGGUUUUGGUAAAGUUUACCUUGGCUACCUAGAUAACAAUGAAGUAGCUGUAAAAGUGCUAUCUCUAGCUUCUCGCCAAGGCUAUGAGCAGUUCGAGGCAGAGGUGAAAAUCUUGUUAAGAGUACAUCACAGAAACUUGACAGCCCUUGUUGGUUACUGCUAUGAAGACACCAAUAUGGGACUAAUUUAUGAAUACAUGGCUAAUGGCGAUUUAAAGGAGCAUCUUUCAGGUAAGAAAGGGAAUAUCUUGAGUUGGGAAGAGAGGCUCCAAAUAGCUACAGAGGCUGCACAAGGACUUGAAUAUCUACACCAUGGCUGUAGGCCACCCAUGGUGCACAGGGAUGUGAAGUCCACAAACAUUUUAUUGGACGAUAAGUUCCAUGCAAAACUAGCUGAUCUCGGGUUGUCCAGAGCUUUUCCAACCGAAAGUGAUACUCAUGUAUUCACAGCAGUUGCUGGGACACCAGGGUAUCUUGAUCCUGAAUAUUGUCAAUCCAAUUGGUUAACGGAGAAGAGUGAUGUGUAUAGCUUUGGGGCUGUUAUGUUGGAGAUAAUAACAAGCCGGCCUGUGAUUGCAAAAGCAGUAGGGGGUGAAAAUAAUCAUCUGAGUAAUUGGGUUCAAUCUAUGCUUGAGAAUGGGGACAUACAAAGCAUUGUUGAUCCCAGAUUACAUGGAGGUUUUGACACAAACUCAGCCUGGAAAGCAGUAGAAGUAGCCCUGGCUUGUCUGUGUCCCACUGGCAGCAGAAGGCCAGCCAUGAACCAUGUGGUUGUGGAGUUAAAUGAAUGCCUGGAAAUGGAGAGAGCCAGAAAGGUUGGACAUCCUAACUCAGAAAAUAGAAAUGAUAUGGUAAAGGUGAAUCUCAAUCUUGAAUUUGCUCCCCUAGCAAGGUAACAGGAACAAGAAAACUUCCAACCCCUGUUCAAUCAUACCCGAAAACUUUUUCGGGCAUAAUUAUUCAAUGCAAAGAGAAAAAUAAAAUCUAUAGUUCUUUUUCUCUAGAAUAUCUAUUCCACAAUGUGAUAUAAUACACUAUUGUCUUAUUAAGGUUUUGUCA